AUUGUGGUCCGGCGGCGGGGGGCGAACAUGGCCGAGAAGCAGAAGCACGAUGGGCGGGUGAAGAUCGGCCACUACGUGCUGGGGGACACGCUGGGGGUCGGCACCUUCGGCAAAGUCAAGAUUGGUGAACACCAGCUGACAGGGCACAAGGUAGCAGUGAAGAUACUGAACAGGCAGAAAAUCCGCAGCCUGGAUGUGGUGGGGAAGAUCAAACGAGAAAUCCAGAACCUGAAACUCUUCAGACACCCUCACAUUAUCAAGCUGUACCAGGUCAUCAGCACACCAACAGACUUCUUCAUGGUGAUGGAGUACGUGUCCGGCGGGGAAUUGUUCGAUUACAUCUGUAAGCACGGACGUGUCGAGGAGGCAGAAGCUCGACGCCUUUUCCAGCAGAUCCUCUCUGCAGUGGAUUACUGCCACAGGCACAUGGUUGUGCACAGGGACCUGAAGCCAGAGAAUGUGCUGCUGGAUGCCCACAUGAAUGCAAAGAUAGCUGAUUUUGGACUGUCCAACAUGAUGUCAGAUGGUGAAUUUCUACGCACCAGCUGUGGUUCCCCGAAUUAUGCAGCCCCUGAAGUCAUCUCUGGAAGGCUCUAUGCUGGCCCAGAGGUGGACAUCUGGAGCUGUGGUGUCAUCCUCUACGCCCUCCUGUGUGGCACUCUGCCUUUUGAUGACGAGCACGUGCCCACCCUGUUCAAGAAGAUCCGUGGGGGAGUGUUUUACAUCCCUGAGUACCUCAACCGCUCCGUGGCCACGCUGCUCAUGCACAUGCUGCAGGUGGACCCCCUCAAGAGAGCCACCAUCAAGGACAUCAGGGAGCACGAGUGGUUCAAGGAGGAGCUGCCCAGUUACCUGUUCCCAGAGGACCCUUCCUACGACGCCACGGUCAUCGACGACGAGGCAGUGCGCGAGGUGUGCGAGAAAUUCGAGUGCACGGAGUCGGAGGUGAUGAACAGCCUGUACAGCGGCGACCCCCAGGACCAGCUGGCCGUGGCUUAUCACCUGGUCAUCGACAACCGCCGCAUCAUGAACCAGGCCAGCGAGUUCUACCUGGCCUCCAGCCCGCCCACCGGCUCCUUCAUGGACGACAGCGCCCUGCACAUCCCGCCGGGCGUGAAGCCGCACCCCGAGCGCAUGCCGCCGCUCAUCGCCGACAGCCCCAAAGCUCGCUGCCCCCUGGACGCCCUCAACACCACCAAGCCAAAGCCCCUGACUGUCAAAAAGGCCAAGUGGCACCUGGGCAUCCGCAGCCAGAGCAAACCCUGUGAUAUUAUGGCUGAGGUGUACCGGGCUAUGAAGCAGCUGGACUUUGAGUGGAAGGUGGUGAACGCGUACCACCUGCGGGUGCGCCGCAAGAACCCCGUCACCGGCAACUACGUGAAGAUGAGCCUGCAGCUCUACCAGGUGGACAACCGCAGCUACCUGCUGGACUUCAAAAGCAUCGAUGACGAGGUGAUGGAGCAGAGGUCUGGCUCCUCCACGCCGCAGCGCUCCUGCUCGGCUGCGGGCUUGCACCGGCCGCGCCUGAGCAUCGACGCGGCCGCGGCCACCGAGUGCCAGUCGCUGAUGGGCUCCCUGAGCGGCUCCUUCGUGGGCAGCAUCCCCUCGGUGCCCCCGCGCCUGGGCAGCCACACCAUGGACUUCUUUGAGAUGUGUGCCAGCCUCAUCAUGGCCCUGGCCCGCUGAUGGCACCGCUCGCUGUGAGGAUCUGCGCUGACUCGUCCGCCCCUUCUUUACUUUGCUUCCUUGUUCUUCCUCCUCCUCCUCCCCUCACCCGCCCCAAGGCACAGAGCCAAGUGCACACCCAAAAUGUGCUCCCCUCCAGCAAGGCACUAAGGAAAUUAAUGUAAUUUCUCUCCUUGUGCCUGGUGAAAUGUAUCCAAUACCUUUUUUUUUUUUAUUUACUUGUGAGCCCUAUGGGAAAUGUCAAGGCUGUAAAGUAACAAACAUAUCACUGAGAUUUUGGGAAACACCUCCCCUCUGGUUCAUCCUGAGGUGAUGGAGGCAUAGCCGAGCUUCCUGCAGGGAGUUUGGUGUUUCCCUGAUGCUGUGCAGAGCAGGGGCAGGCUGGGCUGAGCCAGGGCAGAGGGCUUGACCAGGAGUUCUGUGAAAUGGAGGGGAGGGUGAUGAGGCAGCUCUGCAGUGCUCACAGCCAGGUACCAGCCUCUCUAACACUUUUCUCCCCAAAGCAGCAGCUGCUUAGAUGCUUCUGCACUAGUGCAAUAUGACCUCCCUCCCCUCUUUUUCCCUCUGCUGAAGAUGGGGAGGGAAGGUGGGAUGUGCAAAGGUCCUGGUGCAAACCUGCCACACGUCCAGUCUUUGCAGAGGACUCUCCCUAAGGUGCUUUAUUUCCUCCCAAGAGCUCUGACAGCACUGACCUGCUCACCACGCUCAGAGCUGAAGGCAGGUUGCCUUUUUGCCAGCCCUUAAUCACCACCUCCCUGCAGCCUGCCCCCCCUGCCCUGCCUCACCACGGGCUCCAGGGGCUGACUCCCAAGCAGGGCUCAGUGAGCAGAGGACAGGAUCUGGCUCACCCAGCUGAAAUCCCAGCGCUUCCCCCGCGGGCUGGGACCAUCCCUGGUGGGCAGGAGCCGUCAGCAGCACACAGCUCCGGAGCACUCACCUCUCACCUUUCCUCUAGGAAGCUCUGCCUGUUGUCACCUCCCCAAAUAUCACUGCCAAGUCUGCCUUUCCUGCUGCUGGACACUCCUGCUCCUGCCCAAGGGCUCUCCUGUCCUGCUGCUGCCCACUGGACCGUGACCUUCGCCACGCCGCUGACCAGGCAGGGAUAUCCCAACCCGGAAUUUUACUGUUCCUUUGCCACUGGCUAUCUGAAGGAUGGGAUUUUAUUUUUUAAGAUGAACUGCAGCAAUUUUUAAGGUUAAAUUCUUGUUACCCAAGGGUAAAAGCCUAAUGCACACGUGAUUUCUUUGUUUUUUUAAAAGAGUUAUUAUUUUUUAUUACAUGGGAUUAAUCUAAUGGGGCAGCAUUGGCAUCUGCUUGGCUUUGACAUGGUAUUUAAUUCCAUUUACUUGAUUAUGAAGUAAUAGUCUAAUCAAAGAACAAAUGCUUUAUGAAAGCUUUGCCAAAAAAAUCCUGGGUGAGGGGUUUGUUUUAUUCUGUUCUUUUUUUUUUUUUUUUUUUUUCUUUUGUGUUCUGUUUUAAGAAACAAAGCAAAGAACUUUAGUCGGUCCCAGGUAUGCAGUCAUUCAAUUUGAAAAAAAAAUUAAUCUGUCUUUUUGAUAGCUUCUUAUGACCCCUUGAGGUUUUUUCCUAGGUUUUUUUUCUGUACAGUUGCACUUUAGUUUAUACUUUCUGCAAGUUUGUAUGAGAAGCAAGGAAGAGAACAACACAGUAAGCCUUUUUUACUAAUCAUUUAAGGUAAUCAAGACAAACACGGGAUAUUUUUGCCAUCUACUGGCAGUUAAAUGGACUUUUUCAGCUUGAAGUCCCUUUUUUUUAAACAGAACCACAAAAUUGCCUUACUUUUGUUACAGAUUGUGCUUAGAUCCUCACAAACGUGACUUUACAGCUCCAGUUUUUCCAGAAGUCGCACAAAGUAGAAAGCUUCCAAAAAAAAAGAAAAAAAGAAAAAAAAAAGAAAAAAAAAGAAAAAACUCAGUUUUGCUGUUAAGCUCUUGAACACUAAAUCCAACACAGCAGUGGUUGGUCUGUAAACCCACAGCAGAACAGCUCUGUUUUUAAAAGAAAUACUGGAAAUAUUUGUAGUGCUCCUAGGUUUUGUAUCGAGCCUUUUAUUAUAUUAUGAUUAUUAAUAAAUACUCUGGGGUGGAGGAUGGCUUUGGUGCUGUGCCUGGUGGCUGCCAGGUGAUUUGUGUCCCCAGUGCUGUGGUGUGAGUUUGGAUGGAAAAUCCAAACUCCUACAUGCAAAAAAAAAAAAAAAAAAAACCAAACAAAAAAACCAAACCCCACCCCAGAGUGGGGAUCAAGGCUGAGAUGAGCAAAGAGCCCUGAAUUGUUUUGGGGUCAUGGAGAUAAAUCCCUCUGCAAAGGAGCAGGAGCAGUAGGGCCUGGCAUUAAUUUCCAUCCAGGAAACAGCAAUGAGUGAAAUGCAUUUGAAAUGUUAAAGGCUUUUCAAAUCUUCACUCCCAGCUGAGCAUCUUGCCAAAUGCUGGCAGCACCUGUAACCACCUUGAUAAGGGGCUGGUGUGUUACAGUCUGGGGCUCAGGAGCAGAUGUACUGAUUGUCUUUUUUAAAAUUGACUCUUGUCCUCUGGGAUUUCCUACCCAGCAGAUCUAAUAGUAUUAAGCAGCAGCAAAUGCCCUUGGGAGGAAAUAUUUGCUUCCUGGAGGCGGGUGGGAUUUUUAGGUUGUAGAAUAAGCCCCUUGUGGCACUUGGCAUCUUCUCAGACCCGUGCAAACAUUAACUGCUGUGUGGAUCUGCAAAACCAGUCCUGCCUGGAGGGCAGAGUUACUCAGCUUUCCAUAAGGAGAGACUCAAAGAGAUGCAGCUCUUCCCUGCUCAGGGUCAGCAGAGGCAGUGGAGGGAGCAGCACUGGUGGCAGCAGCUCCUCAGUGACCACACCAGGUCCGUCACAGCCUUACCCAAACCCAUGCUGCACUUUGAAACUCUCUGAGGACUUUCACUUCUUUUUAUUAUUUAUUUUACCUUCAGAUAGGCUGUGUUCUGUUUCCCAGCUGCAGAGGAGCUGCUGACCUCCAGUUACAUUUUCCAGAGGAAGAGUUUAACUUUCACACUGUUACACUGUGGUCAGCUCUUUUUGAGUUGUGCUGGUACAUGCACAAGCGUCGGGAAAAGCAGGGUAGACAAAAUUUCAACUACAGAAACUUGAAUUACUCCAAGUGCAAUUCUUCAGAAGCCACUGGACAGCUGUGCUUUGCAAGCCACAAACUCACCCAAAUUUUGCUUCAGCCCGAGGGGGAGAGAGACAAAAUGCAAAGGAUAAAGAGUUCAGAUAGGCUCCAGCAGAAACCUGCAGCUCCUGGAUGAGUUAAUUCAGAAAUACCUUGUGAUGUUUUUGUUGGGAGCUAUAUAUAUGUAAGUAUUAUACAUGCAUAUAUAUAAAAUGUAGGUGGCAUCCCUGUCGUUGGCCUCUCAGUUCUGUUCUUCCAACAGGGCAGGUGUGUGCCCUGGACACUGCCACCACUCACUGACCCCAGCCUCUGAGAGGACCUGGACAAAGGGGAUGCUGUUUUUACGCCCUCUUUUAGGUAAAGUCCACGAGGAGCUUAGCAUGGCCUUGAGCAGGGAUGGGAAAUGGGAUCAGGAGCUGUGAGAAUCCUGCCCUUCCACCCGCCUGGCCAAAGCCCUGGUGCUGAUGGGUUUGGGGCAGGUUUAUUUUCAGGAGCUGGAGCUGAGCAGGUAAAGGCAGCAGGGUAUUUUUUUUUUGCUUUUAACGGGUCAGAAACACAUCUUCAGCUGUGUGUGCAGUUUAGCAUUUCAUGAGGUGUGUACAAGCACAGGGGAAUCCAUGGGCAGUGUUGUAAAAACGUGAACCAGCUGGUUAGUGUGCGUCGUGUGUACGUUCUCGUGUGUGGUUAUAGUGGCAUUCGUGUUGGAAUUGAUGAGGUUUGAACAAAAUAACCCCUCUGUCUACUCCUUUUCAUUUCACUGCUCUUUGCUGUCAGGGCAGCCCUGCAGGAGGAGGAGGGAGCUGUGUGCAGGACAUGAACUCGUGCCUUCGCUGCGCGUUGGGGCUGCCGAAGUGGCAGCUUUGUUUCACGAGGUGCACAAUUUCCCCAGCUUGUGCAGGAUCCCCCCUCUGAGACAUGCAGGUCGUGUUUCUUAAAUACUUGAAGUACCAUUUGUUGUGCAAUUAUUUGGCUUCACCCUUUUUAUUAGCUGAGAGGAGAGAGGGAAGAAGAAUCGCACAUCUGGAUGAGCCAAACCAACCCCUGCUGUUUCUUUCCUGGAAAGUUUUAGGAUCUGGUUUUGUUCCAGGUAUAUGAUGUACCUUACCAGAGUCACCUUUCUUAAGGUCUUACUUUGGUAUGGCCUUUUCAUUUAGUGCUUUUAUUUGGCUUCCUUAGCCCUCCCUUAUAGAUCCUUUUUUUUAUCAUUCACUUAUUAAAAAAAAAAAAAAAAAAAAAAAAAGCAACAGCUUCUUGCAAUUCUGAAUUCCCAGUCUGCCUCCUGGCCAUGGAGUUAAUGAUUCAGCCAGAGGUACCUCACUCCCAUGCCUGAGAGGUGAACUGGGUUUCAGAGUUCCCACAUGACACCUACUGAUGGAACACUGACUUUUGCAGAGAGCACACCUGGUAUUUGAUGCACAGAUCUUUGCUCAUUUUAUUCAUCAAAAUUAGGAGAACCAGACUGUGAAUCAGAGCUCUACCUGCAAGCACGAGUACACUUUUGGUGUUAGAAAAAGUCUGUUUUCAACUGAAGCCUUGAAGUUCCUGCUGAAGCUGCCUUAAUUUAAAAAUCAAAGUUUAUUUGUAAGACUCAUCUCUGAUUAUAUUUUUUUUUUCAAGUUUGGAAAUAGUUUAUUUAUCCUCAUGUCACAAAGCUGUGAAGUAGAUCCUGUAGCCAUGGUAAUAUUUAUUCUUGUUGCUGAAAGCAUGUUCAUGUGUUCUGUAUCAUGUUAUAUUCACGUGGUUUGUACCUCAAGGCAUUUGUUUUGUUUUUUUCUUUUAGAGGACAAAGCAAAACUGAAUCCCAGGAUUUCUGUGGUUUCCAUGGCCCAGCAUCUUUGGGCAGACAAACCUCAGCUCUAUGAGAGAGGUGAACUGGACUUGUCCACUGCAAUUCUUAAAUUCAUACUCUAAAGAGUAUUUAUGAUUUACAAUAUAAAGUAUUUAUGAUUUUAAGAAAAAAAAUACUGAACUUUAAAAAGUUCUGAGUAGAAGCAUCCCUUCAAACAUAUCAUUAACAUGAAGCUCAGAAAAAAAAAAUCCCCUGAGCUCUAUAAACACUCCAUCCUUCUCAAUAUUUUUUAUUUUGUCAAGUGAGGGCCUGGAGAGGGUUUUGUUUUCCAGUUCAUGGCUGCAGUAGUUUCUGUUAUGGGAGGGCACAGAGCCCUGGUUCAGUUUUGUCCUUUGUGCAUUAGAUAAUCACAACGAAGCCUUUUUCCUUCCAUUUAUGGUGUGGAAAGUGUUUCUCUGUGUACUGCACUGCAUGUGAUAGCUGUCUCCAUGGUUGACAUUUGCACUUUAAUAAACUCAGAGAUGAAAAGAGACAAAAGCAGCAAA